AAGUUCGUUCAUGUAGUGAAUGUGAAGCAGUCUCGGAUGUAUAGUGAAAUAUGAAUAAUUAUAUGUUUUAUUGUUUACUACAAAGUGAAGUGAAGUGAUCUCGAGACUCGUGAUAAAGCAAUGGUGGCGAUUGAAAGAUUAAAGGAGCUGUUUUCGGUGCUCGGAUUCCACCCGGAAAACAACUUACUUCAAGAAUGUGUCGAAAUCUGCACGAGCUGUAAAAUUGACGAGCCUGUCGAAUUUGUCGAAAUCUGGAUGGUUUACAGUUUUUCCAAACAUGGAAAAGCGGUACUAACAGUCGAACUUUUACGAGAGCUAAAAAUUCACGAAUGUGCCAAGAAGGGGUUAUGCAAGACGACAGGUUCAUCGCCGAAACCGACGACCUCCCGACGGUCACCGAAGAGCGUCCGAAGAUAUCCGAUAAGGUCCCGAGGCGGUGAUACAACGGCAAAGGAACAAAGCUCAGUUUACAACCCCCAUGGAUCCAUACCGGAUCGAAACGAUAAGCUAUCUUCCUCUUCGAGCCGCUCUAGAAUCUCAAGCAGCUCUCGGCCAUCGAAGCUGGACCACGAUGACCCGAACAACUUGUGCGACGUUGUACACGCAUUCGGCGACACUCAACUGCUUCAACAGAUCAACUGGUCCAGGAGCGAUCAAGUUCGCAGCGAUCGUGUAACGAUAACGAUCUCCACGUUCAAUGGAGAUGAUGACUCACUAUCGGACGGAUCUGAGAACAGCUACGAGAACGUGCAUAUUUCUACCCGCAGGCGCACCCAGGCUCUUGGCGAUCGUCUACUUCAAAGGGCCAAAAGGAUUUGCCGCAGAAUGGUGACACUAGAACAAACGAGACCACCGCAGAAGACAAAGGAAAGAACAACAGAAGCAGUGACAAUGAUCGAAAACAUUCCAAUCCACCACGUGGAUUGCCUACAUCCCGAUACGGUCUAUGUUAUGGGACGGAUCGUGGUAUUGAAUGAUCAGCAGAACGAUCGCUUGGCGCUAAUAGACCAUGACAGCGUGACCGUGCGGCAGAGGCCGCUGGAUAUGAGUAGAAUGGUCCACUGGUCGUUAUUUCCGGGUGAAAUAGUUGUAUUGGAAGGGGUGAACCGGUGCGACAGAUUUCAGGUUCAUAACAUUCAUUUCAAGGAAGAACUUGUUUCAUCGAGGGCACCGACAAACCUUACGAGCGAUCUGAGCUUAGUAAUGGCGGCUAGCCCCUACACGGCCAAAGAUGAUCUCCAGUACGAAAAGCUUUCGGGUUUGCUGGCAUAUUGUAAAACCAACUGUCCGGACGUACUGAUCCUCACAGGGCCCUUUGGUGAUAUGACAAAUCCCUUGUUCAACACGAUCAUGGAAACCUAUGAAGAAUUCUUCGAGCGCAUGGUCAUUGACAUCAUGAGCUCGGUGUCACCAAACACCGAAGUGUUGAUCGUGUCGCAUCAUGACGAUCUCGUGUCCAUGUUCGUCUACCCUACGUUACCGUACAGCAUUGUUUCAGCGGACUUUCCAAACCUGCGCUUCCUGCCGGAUCCCUGUGUGAUCACGAUAAACGGGCUGGAGAUCGGUAUCACAACGGCCGACAUCAUCAACGAUCUCUCGGAGGCAGAAGAGAGUAGCGAUCCGAUGGGCGAUAAGAUCCAGCGAGCCUUCAACUACAUGUUCCAUCACAGGACGUUCUAUCCGUUGUUUCCUCCGGCGGAAAAUCUUGCGCUGGAUGUGAAUUCACUAGCCACGGUCGGUAAUCUUCCGCGGGUCAUGAUGAUUUGUCCGGGUAAUUUGGAAUGCUACAUUAUGGAGGUGCACCGAUGCGUGUGCAUUAACCUGGGCCAUCUAGUCGAUCAAACGACCGGCCAGGGUACAUUUGCUCGGGUGGUGAUCAAACGACCGGAAGCGGAAACAGAAGAAUCACCCAAAUAUAUGGCUUGCCAGGUGGUAAAGUCAUGAUGUCGUAGGCAAUGUUCGGUGUGAUGUUCUGAUUUAGAAUUCUUUCAAUUUAUUUUGUUUUUGUUUUGAUUCUUUAUCACUUGUAUUUUGCUUGUUUUAACGCGUAUGAAUUGCGUUAUUUUACUGUAUACAACUUGAAAAGACUUGUUUGAAACGUGUUAAUUCAAGGCUACAACUUUGUAACAGAUGGACAACAUCUACGAGGACUACAAGAAUAAUGGAUAUAAUAAAUAUCUUCGAAGUUAGAAUCGACCCUGACAACAGACCUUAAAUAACCUAUCCAGUAUUUCACUUUCGGUAAGUGUUGCUCGGUGUGAGUUCGUUUUUAAUUUGACGAUAAACUAGUAGAAAGCUGUAUAAAGCUUUGGAUCCAUUGAGGUAAGCUUUGAAGAUGUGAGAGGUAGGCAAAACUAUAAUGUCUCGAGUAUAUCAAAGUGCCGCAACCUUGUCGAUUUGACAGAUCUCAUGUAAGAUUGGAACUUGGAUUGAAUUUGACGUAUUUUUAUAUGUCAAAACAUGUAAACCGUAAUUUAUAAUUCUAGUCAUUUCCAAUUAUAUAAAAUCAUUAUCGA